CCACAAAUAAUGCUCAAGUAUUUGUUGAGGCCAUAUGCUGUACUCAGGGCCGGAACUUAUGCCUAUCCCUUUUGCGGAAUGAUUUACUUUUGGCACAACCCAUCCCUCUGGCAUGUCUAUAUCACGAUAUUGAUUCCACAACUUCUUAUUAUGCUUGUGACAUACUCCGUUGUUAUUAUCCUUGUACUACCAACAUUGGGGCCAGUUUUGUUUAUUUUCACAGGACCUACUGGAUUGGUUUGGACUUGGCUCACUGUAUGCCAGCUUAGUGUUCAGGUGUCUUCCAUUCUAGUCAUAUUCUUAUAAAUGCCAGAGAUUGAGAAGUUAGUGUUUGAUGGGAUAUUGUCGAAGGAAUUCCACGAUGAUGUGGUGAUAAUGGGUAAGGUUCGACGAACACAUAAGAUCCCACUUUUAGUCAAGGUAUCCAAUAUCAUACUAUCUUUGUCCAAUUGGACUGUGUUACCAUAUUUGUUAGGUAGGUCACUAGUGAUCUUCUUAUGCGGGUUGGUUCCAUUCGUGGGUGCCAUGUUGAUUGCCUAUAUAAAAGCACCUAGGAGAGGUUUACAAGCUCAACACAGAUAUUUUUUCUUGAGAGGUAUGAGCCAGCAACAGAUAAGAGUUCAUUACAAAACUAAGAAACCUGAAUAUAUUGGGUUUGGUCUAGUAGCCAAUCUAUUGGAAUCUAUUCCGCUUUUUAACCUUUUGUUUAUCUUCACCGAUACGAUUGGUGCAGCCUUGUGGGUUGUGAAAAUUGAAAGUGAAAGAAAAUUGAACAUGUUAAAGGAAGAAUUGAACAAAGAAGUGAGGUCAGACUAGUACAAGUAGACACCAUCUACGCAUCCAAAACCAGCCGCAACACCUCCCUCAUUACUGCUGCUGAACUUUGAUCUUAACAAAAAUCCACUGGUUUCGUUGUACUUUAUAUCUCCUUUGGAUUCGUCAAACAAAAUGGUACCAAAUACCCCCAAUUCACUGAUGAUAUCUUCCUCGAAAAUUUGAUCAUUUCUAAGCAACUUGUUCUUAUGGAUAGGAGGAGUUAUAAGUUCCAUCAAUAUAUAAGCACCCCAGUCUUUUUCUUCCAAUUUUUCUAAGAACGAAGGAAUGUCUUCCUUGUAAAUAUUAUUACCCCCUCCUUCUCUUUGAGGUUUUAAUACAAAGUUUCCAGGGUCAGUUUUUAUUAACUGCUUGGCAAUUUUACCUUCCUCCGAGUCGUCCAACGGAUAAAUCUUCACGAAUGUGGAAAGAACUUUCUCUAAUUCUGUCUCACUCAAAUCAGGUAAAAAGGUCUCCAAAACCUGUUUGUUAGUUAAAAUCUGCUGGAUCUUCUUUGCACCUGCCAACUGGGUCAAUAUAGAUGGGCACUUAAUGGCCACAUUAUUCUCCAAAUGCAAUCUGGCUUUCCAACAUUCCUCACUAACAUAAUCAGUGGGAGCGUAUCCACUUCUGUAAUAUACCACCGAAAUUUCAUCCAUGGUUUGUUUCAAAUACAACUUGUUGCUAUUAACAGUGGUUUUAUCCGAAACUUCCUCCAAGGUCAAACGAACACUCUUGAGGCCAAAAUUGUUGAUCAAAGAGUACUCAAUAUGUCUUUGGUCAAAACUGUUUCUCUCAUUUGGCUGGACAAUAAACAACACGACUGUCUUAUCAUUUUCCACUUCCCCGUUGUAGUAAUAGUUCCCUAUACUAAGAGCCUUAGCUAUAUCGUCUAUCGACGAAGAAAUAGGAAUCUCAGCGUCGUCGUAGUACUUGUACGAAUAGUCAGUGUCAUAGGCCCCGGAUUUGUUCAAGUAGUUGUGAAGCUGAUUGACUUUGGUUGAUAAUCCACCAAAUGAUACACUUACAGUGUUGAAUUCAAUCUGCUUGAUCUGAUUGUUGUCAGCUUCGUGGAUCAUGUAGUCAGACCUGAAGAUCCCCAAUGACAACGGUUGAGGAACUUUGCCAUUCUCAUUAAUAAGCGUUUUGUAGAUAUCAAAAAGCUUACCGGUAAAAUCCUUGUCGAAUCGCGACAAUUGCUCGAUGUUUUGCACAAGCCACUUCUUGUCCUUGGUGAUUACAUUGGAGUAAAGCUCGUUGUAUGUUUGCUGGAUAUUGAUAGCAUCCUCAAAACUGGAUUUGGGGAUGGGGGUUGGAAACAAUGAAAUGGGGGCAUUAUCAGCACUGUAUUGCUGGAAAUUGGGUGGAUACAUCACCAAUCCGUUAGCAAGACUCCAUUGAAGAGUGUUCACCACUAGGGAAUCCGUUUGUUCUUCGUUCAAAAUAGGAAACGAUUUCAUACUAUGGGUUGACCGUAGGAUUGUUUGGCGUCGCAUC